AUGUAUCGCCAGAAAUACAAGUCUACGGGGUUAAUAAGUCUUGUCAAGCCAAAGACACCACCUAUCUUGGCCGUUGCUACGUAUCAGGCAGAUCAGAUCUCGAUACAACGAUACGGUCUUUCGGAAGCGCACAGAGAUGGACAUGCAUUCUACUCGAAUCAUCAAAGAGAAGUCAUGACAUCUCUCGCACGGCAUUGUUCCUUGCAUUGCACUCCCCAAUGGAUAGCAGACCAACCUCCUAAGGACUGGGAUACAAAAAUAAACAGCCUAAGAAGUCUCGUCUAA